CAGAUAAAAGUCACCAUCAUGGUCAUUCUUUAAUUUUAUUUUGCCUUGAACCUUUUAGUAACUAACGCUCGUAUAGCUUUUAUUUUGUAUUAAAUUUUCGUAGUGAAAAUGACCGCACUUCACUGCAGAGGUAUUUCGUCACUCGUUUACAGUCUUGGAGCAUUACUGCUGCUGUCAUGGACUUGUGAGACGAACGCGUUGUUCUCGCAAGCUUUUUGUCUCGACGACUCGGACUGCAUCAGCAACUCCCUCCCUGGGGGAACGCACUUCCCACUUGCACGGUCCCUCGCUGGGGGAACACAACUUAUUUGUGACAAGGGACGGUGCAAGUGUCCCCCAUACCAUCUGCUGGUGAAUGGGACGCUUUGUCUCCCAGGUCGUCUGCUCGGCUUCAAGUGUGACUCUGACACGCAAUGUCGGGUGCGGGUUGCCAUGUCGGGGUGCGUGCAGGGGGUGUGUCAAUGCGGUGACGGCUUCACCCCAUACAGGAGGGCCAACUGUCUGCCAGCGUCGAAGGCUGGCGAGGUGUGCCGCACUCACGGCCAGUGUCGCCUGUCGUCGCCACACGCGCACUGCAGCUUCUCCGUGCCGCGCGUGAUGGGGCGCUGCAGCUGUGGUCCCGACCACUCCAGCACCAGCGACGGUCUCUGCGCGCCCAACAUUCUGGGUCUCGGCUCAUCGUGCAGCAAUAGCAGGCAGUGCAACAGACGAGUGAGAGGCUCAGUGUGCAAGGUUGCAGAGAAACAUCAGGACUCGGCGCAGUCCAGGAAGUUUCACCGUCUCACGUCAGUGCCGGGCGUGCUGCGUGAGGAAGAGAAUCCUUUCAAUGAGCUCUCGGGCGGAGGAUUUUGCGACUGUCCGGAUGGUCACGCGCGUGACAACUUCAAGUGUAUCCCUCUUGGAAAAGAGAUCGGAGAGUCUGCGGUGUCUCUGGGCCAGCGGUGCGCGCGGGACACGCAGUGCAGGGCCGCAGACCCGCACACUUGGUGCCACAACGGCGUGUGUGACUGCGUCGUCACCACAGCCAAGUGCUCGGCCACUGCCACCGGCUGCCAUCCCGACACAUUCCAGUGCGUCUCAAGCGGUCAGUGCAUCAGCGCGCAUUUCGUAUGCGACGGCGCGCCGCAGUGCGACGAUCACUCCGACGAGGCGCAGUGUCACGGGGGGCGCUGCUCCCAGCACUCCUUCAGGUGCCCAAGCGGACGCUGCAUUUCCAGGGGCUUCCUUUGUGACGGCAUCAAGCACUGUGAAGAUGGGGCUGAUGAACAGCCUUGCAGAGAUGACUGUCCUCCGUCAACGUUCAAGUGUGGCGACGGCCGCUGCUUGCCAGGCUACGUCUUCUGCAACGCCAAGCCGUCCUGUGGCGACGCCAGCGACGAGGAGCACGCCGCCUGCAUCCUGGGGGCGCCGCGCCUGCAGUAUUGCCCCUUCAGGUGUAACAACGGCAGAUGUCGAUCAGUGUCCGUCUUAUGCUCAGGCACGGACGGUUGUGGUGACAAUAGCGAUGAAGAAAAGUGUGAAGUUUGCUCGUGCCCUGCAGUGUGACUGAAAUGAAGACGAUUAGAAGCAAACGCAAUUAUCAGAAAUCAACAGGAACGAAAAAGUUCGCUAGUUUCAUCGCGUAUCUUCUAUUACCUUCCAUCCAUUUCGAAGUUGUAACAAAUUUUACUUCUAAAGUUACAAAUUAGUAUUGUGUAAUGGGCGAAUGAAGACUUUAAUUAUUAUUUAUAUAAAAAAUUAGGGUUUAAUUUAGCUUUUAAGUUUCUAGGAUUUUUGGGCCAGAAAUUCAAUAUUGACAAUGAAAGAAAAUAUAAAAGUGGCGGUUCACUUUUCAAAUUAUAAGUGAAGUCAUCAUCAAGCGGACAUUUAAAUAAUGAUGCCAUAAUUAUGAGGUGCAUAAUUUGUCUUCAGCUUGUUUACCCAAUUUGUGGGACGUGAGUAAUUAUUGCUGAUGCCAUUUAUUUAUUCCAAAAAUAUCUUUGCAGUUUGAAUUCAACAUUUAUCUCUCCUAUGAAACAUUUCGCCUGAUAUUAUUCGCAGUGAUUUCUACUGUUUAUUUUCUCUGAAGCGUUUAUUCUGAAGUUCAAAUUGUUCUUCCAAAGUGUCUGUGUAAUUUAUUUGUUAUAGUUUGGUAAAUUUAUAUCAUUUUUGCAAGGUUGUUUGUUGUAGUGCAAACUUUCUACAACUUGGCUAAGUGAAUUAAUUCUUUCACAUAACAUUUGCAGCAGAAAUUACAAGUAAUCUGAAAAAUUGUAACAGGAAACUGAAAUGAUUCCGUGGCGUUCACUUCGACACUUGAUGGCAUUAAUCAGUAGGAUGUAUAUUGAUGAUGUAUAAAAUAUGUAGGUUAGCUCGGAGUUUCAUAAGAAAAGACAGCUUUCAAAUCUUGCAGAAAUAUUAUAGUUUCAACUGGGGUGUGGAAAAUGAACCCAGCCCGCCUGAUGACGUCAACAUUACAAAAUAACCAACGACGAUCUUCGUAUAGAAUCUGUAAACUAAAUAGUAUAAACAAACAUGCUAUUGUUGAUAUGCAACGAAAACAUUUGGAUACGACAACAGUCCGAAUCGCCUCCAAAUUUCAUUCAGGUCAACUUUUUUCACCGCUGUUCAUGUUCACAUACCUUUGAAAAAACAUUCAGACAGUUUAAAAUUGCUGAAUAUUUGCGUCAAAGCAUUUAUAUUUUAUUUUCCGUCCUUAAGCUGAAUUAAAAAAACCGUCGUGAAUGGAUCAUGCGUACCUAUUAGAAGAGAAGAAAGGCUAGAAAUUAUAAGCUAAAAAUUAUUUCAAUGCAAGAUUUUUCUAUCGUUUGAAGUGUUUUUUCCCUAGGGUUUAACAAUUCGAGGUUUUUUUACUCAGUACUUUUCCACGUUGUACUUUUAUUUCUACUUACAACAAUUAAGUAUGAUCCCAAUUGUACAUACUUAAGCCAGUUAUCUGUAUGCCAGAGGAUUUUCCUGUGUAGUUUACAAUUGUAUCAAUAACGUGUUCUUGCUGUGAGUUAUAAUGAAUUUUUGAUAAUAAAAACAUCAAGAUAA